UAACUCUAGAUAUUAUACCUCUGUGAUUUUCAAUACAUACCUCCGGUUUAUUUAUUUCUCGUCAUUAAACGGAGGGCUUCGCAGGGAAAUAUUAAUAUUUAAGUAGAAAAUAAAUCGAUUGUAUCAAUUAAAAUGUCUUACCAGCUGUACAGAAACACAACACUAGGCAAUACUUUACAGGAGAGUCUUGACGAACUCAUCCAGUAUGGACAGAUAACUCCUCAACUUGCAAUCAAAGUUCUUCUGCAAUUCGACAAAGCUAUUAAUCAGGCUCUUGCCACGAGAGUCAAGUCCAGGUUAACUUUUAAGGCUGGAAAACUGAACACUUAUAGGUUCUGUGAUAAUGUUUGGACGUUUAUGCUGAAAGAUGUCGAGUUUCGUGAAGUGCAAGAAAUGGCUAAUAUUGGAACUGUUAAAAUAGUCGCCUGUGAUGGAAAAACUCUAGACGCUGAUGGUGCGGCGAGACGAUAACGAAGAGUACAAAUACUUAUAAAAUGGGCAUAAUCUUCAUCACUGGAACAACAAUAUUCGUGCAACAUCGGAGAUCAUCAGAUACACUAAACCAUUGAUCAGUCUGUCCAGUAAACAAAUUCAGGAAUAGUCAGACUGAAAGAAUAAUGUAAUAUUGGAAAAAAAUUAUUCUGUUAUUAUUUUGUGUAUUUAAUAUUUUUGACGACUCUGUAUACGUUUACAUUGUGAUGCUAUUUCCUAUUUCAACGAUAGUUCAUCAUCAAUAAACGAAGAUAUUUCAUGUAGCAAUAAAUAUAAUUUUUCAAUA